AUGAGGAGGUGGGGCCGGAUGCGGAGGAGGCGUGGGCGAGGGGAGGUCGGAGGUGGAGCGGCGCAAGCAACUCGAGCCGGCGUCGUGUUCGCCGUCGUCGCGGGAGUCCUCGCGCUCGCCGUCGUCGCGGGCGUCUUCGCCGUGGGCCUGGCGGCGCGAGCGGCCGCCGCGAGCAGCAGCAAGCGACGCGGCGCUGCUCGGAGCAGCAGCAACGACGCGGCGGCAAGCGACCGGUGGAUGACGCAGGCGACGCCGGCCACCUCCACCCAGGCCAUUGCAGCAACCUGCGCUUCGCCGUGCCCACCAGCUGCUCGACGAAAUGCCUGUGAGGCCUUCUCUGGUGGUAAAGCUACCAACCCAUACUUCUAUGGUAUAGGCACGCAAACACGUUCUGAAUGCAGCAUGGUCGCCGAGCUUCGCGGCCGCAUCGCGCGCGAACGCCGUCUGGCAGGCACAGAAGAGGUUCGACUCCGCCUGGUCCUGAGAGGGAAAACGCUCCCGCACCAAGAGGAUGCCCAUGUCAAUCUCCGCGAUGGGGGUACUCUAAUAGUGGCCGUGGCGCCUAAGCCUCCUGCUAAUCAUCUCCUUGAUGACGAUGAGGAGGAAGAAGAGGAAGAACUGAAGUUCAAAAUACCACAAACGACAACCUUGUGGAAGAGGAAAUUUUUUAUGUUUCUUCGAGACAAGUUGAGAUUACCUGAUAUCAUUUUGAUGGCCCUGUUUUCUCUCAGUAUGAAAGCAUGGAUUAUCAUUGCAGUGUGGUUCCUAUUGGCACCGAUUGCUCAGAAGUACGACGUUGGACCUUUAUAUAUACUUGGUACCGGUUUCUUGAUCAUACUUCUUAAUCUCGGGAGACGGCAACAAGGUGAUGUUAGUGCAUACUCCAUAUUCAACGAAGAUUUUAGGGAGCUGCCAGGAACACUUAAUGCAGAUCGCAUUGAUCGAGAUAUCCGGGCAGGUCAAUUUUAA